UCCUCUGUCAUCUGUGUCUCCUCUGUCAUCUGUGUCUCCUCUGUCUCCUCUGUCAUCUGUGUCUCCUCGGUCUCCUCUGUCAUCUGUGUCUCCUCUGUCUCCUCUGUCAUCUGUGUCUCCUCGGUCUCCUCUGUCAUCUGUGUCUCCUCGGUCUCCUCUGGGCGGACUGACCAUUUGGAAACUCGGGCACUGCCCGAGGGCCCGGGGUCAGUAGAGGGCCCCAUGAGAUGCCCCUGGUACCUUUUUCAUAGGCUUUUUUGAGUUUGGGUAAGGACACAGGGGCCCCAUGAUCCCCUAUUGCCCGGGGGCCCCAUGA